AUGGCGCGGUCCGGGAAUAAGGCCGCUGUUGUGCUGUGCCUGGAUGUGGGCUUUGCCAUGAGUAACUCUCUUCCUGGUGAAGAAUCGCCAUUUGAACAAGCAAAGAAGGUGAUGACCAUGUUCGUGCAGCGACAGGUGUUCGCUGAAAGCAAAGAUGAGAUUGCUUUGGUCCUAUUUGGUACGGAUGACACUGACAACGCCCUUGCUAGUGAAGACCAGUAUCAGAACAUCACAGUGCACAGGCACCUGAUGCUGCCAGAUUUUGACUUGCUGGAGGACAUUGAAAGCAGAAUCCAACCAGGUUCUCAGCAUGCUGACAUCUUGGAUGCGCUUGUCGUAUGCAUGGAUGUGAUUCAGCAGGAAACGGUAGGAAAGAAGUUUGAGAAGAGGCAUAUUGAAGUGUUCACUGACCUCAGCAGCCCGUUCAGCAAAGAUCAGUUAGAUGUUAUCAUUCAGAACCUGAAGCGAUACGGCAUCUCCCUGCAGUUCUUUUUGCCUUUCGCAAUUGGGAAGGAAGAUGGAAUGGGGGACAGAGGAGACGGCAACUUGCGCCCGGACCACCACGGACCUUUCCUUCCUCAAAAGGGCAUGACUGAGCAGCAGAAGGAAGGUAUUCGGAUGGUGGAAAAGGUGAUGAGAUCUUUAGAAGGUGACGAUGGGCUGGAUGAGAUUUACUCCUUCAGUGAGAGCCUAAGGCAGCUGUGUGUCUUUAAGAAAAUUAAAAGACAUUCCAUGUGCUGGCCUUGUCAGCUGACCAUUGGCUCCAGUUUGUCCAUAAAGAUUGUGGCCUAUAAAUCGAUCGUACAGGAGAAAAUUAAAAAGACUUGGACAAUUGUGGAUGCAAGAACCCUAAAAAAGGAAGAUCUUAAAAAAGAAACAGUUUAUUGCUUAAAUGAUGACAAUGAAACCGAAGUUUCAAAAGAAGACACUAUUCAAGGGUUUCGCUAUGGAAGUGACAUAGUCCCUUUCUCUAAAGUGGAUGAGGAGCAAAUGAAAUACAGAUCAGAGGGAAAGUGCUUCUCUGUUCUGGGAUUUUGCAGAUCUUCUCAGGUCCAAAGAAAAUUCUUCAUGGGAAAUCAAGUUCUAAAGGUCUUUGCAGCAAAAGAUGAUGAGGCCGCAGCCGUGGCGCUUUCUUCCCUGAUUCACGCAUUGGAUGAAUUAAACAUGGUGGCCAUAGUUCGGUAUGUGUACGACAAGAGAUCUAAUCCUCAAGUGGGCAUGGCUUUUCCGUUUAUCAAGGACACCUAUGAGUGUUUAGCGUAUGUGCAGCUGCCUUUCAUGGAAGACUUGCGGCAGUACAUGUUCUCAUCCUUGAAGAGUAACAAGAAAUGCACUCCCACAGAGGCCCAGCUGAAUGCGGUUGAUGCUCUGAUUGACUCCAUGAGUUUGGUGAAGACAGACGAGGAAGAAGGUGCUAUUGAAGACUUGUUUCCAGUCAGCAAAAUCGCAAAUCCACAAUUUCAGAGAUUAUUUCAGUGUCUGCUGCACAGAGCUUUGCACCCUCAGAAGCCUCUGCCCCCAAUUCAGCAGCAUAUUUUGAAUAUGCUGGAUCCCCCCACUGAAGUGACAGCUAAAUGCCAGAUUCCUCUGUCUGAAAUAAAGACUCUCUUCCCUCUGACUGAAGCCAUCAAGAAGAAGGAUCAGCUAACUGCUCAGGAAAUUUUCCAAGACAAUCAUGAAGAAGGACCAGCCUCUAAAAAAUGCAAGACCGAGGAAGAGGAAGCCCACUUUAGUAUCUCCAGCCUGGUUGAGGGCCGUGUCACCAGUGUUGGGAGUGUGAAUCCUGCUGAAAACUUCCGUGUGCUGGUCAGGCAGAAGAAUGCCAGCUUUGCAGAAGUGAGUCACCAGCUAAUAGGCCACAUCGAGCAGUUUUUGGACACUAACGCGACCCCAUAUUUCCUGAAGACCAUGGACUGCAUCAAAGCCUUCCGGGAAGAAGCCAUCCAGUUUUCAGAAGAGCAGUGUUUUAACAGUUAUCUGAAAACCCUAAAGGAGAAAGUGCAUCUGAAACAGUUAAAUCACUUUUGGGAGAUUGUCGUGCAGGAUGGAAUUACUCUGAUCAGCAAAGAGGAAGCAUCUGGAAGCCCCGUCACAGCCGAGGAAGCCAAAAAGUUUCUGGCCCCAAAGUUUCUGACCCUCCAAGAAACACCCGAUGAAGGCGCAGCCCCAGAUGAAGAAUGUGGCGAUGUGGAUGAUCUCGAAGAAGAACAAAAAGACCCGCUCUUCUUCAAAAUAACGGCAGGUAACGGCUCAGCCAGGAGAGCAGAGAGAUGGUGCGUGUGA